AUGAGAUUGAUAUGCCUAUUAAGGUAUAUCUUGGCGACACGUUUAAUUCCAUGGUCUUUCGGUUUGCCAUCACUUUUAGCUCCCGAGAUUUUGCAACCUUUAACCUCUAUGGUACCACCACAUUGCACAAAAAUUGCUGUCAUCAAAUCUAUGCUUUCGCAUGCAUCCGGUGAUGACCUUAUUCGUACUAUGCAAAUGAAUAUUCGAAUUGGUCUUCAAAAUACUGCUUGCUUUCGAUUAGAAAAUAAUACCAAUGACAGAGAUUCAUUAUUCAUUGAUGUCCUCAACGCAAGAAGUGGUGACCAAGGAUGGUUACAUACAUUGACACUGUCACGAUUAGAGCAUCAUCAUCCAAUUUCACAGCAAUAUGAAUUUGCAAUCCCAGAAGUACGAACAAAUUGUAUUUGUGAGUGUAACGUAAAUUCAGAUAUUUGUUCCGCUAGGACAUAUUCCUUUGCUCAUUGCGCUUACAAUAAUAACACACAGGAAAAUUGUUUUCGAACAUUUCAUCCAAAUCAGGCAGAUACCGGAUGUUCACCGGGCAGUCAGUCAAAGCUAUGCUGUGAGGUAAGCUUCACACCAUAUCAAAGCAAAUCAUACGUAGCUAUGAAACUGGAGCAACCGACGACAUUUGUCACUUUUAAAUACGUUGCAUAUGAUUAUACAGCUGGCCGAUGGAUUGAAAAAGAUAAAAAUACCAUUCGAGUAGAAAUUGAUGGUCAAACACAGUGGUUAUUUUUGGACAGAUGGCGUAGACUGGAAUUAGGAGUAAGUGCAGGUGGUCGAGCUAGUCAUCAAUUGGAGAGUGGAAUGUAUUUCGCAGCAAAUAAUCCUAACGGUGAAAUGGAUGAAUUACGACAACAAGUAAUUAAUGAAAUCAAUGAAAACAAUUUUGAUAAGCUGGGAUGGUUUCGUAAAGAUGCAUUGGGACAUUUCACAGUACGAAAUGGAAAAGUUAAAAUACAACGAAUGCAUUUAGCAAAGGUUGAAAAUUGCAAAGAUCAAAAAUCGCAGAGUUUUCUUGACGCUCAUCAUUAUGUCGAUUAUAAUGAUCCCGAGAAUCCGGAACGUUUUGCACUGGAAGCAGUUGUAGAACGAAUUUAUCCAUGGAUAAGAAGUGCGAGAGUUGCUGAUGGAUCUGGACGACAUGUUGUGGUGACACAUUCCGAGAGUACCAAUAUAGAAGUUGCAUUGCAACUUCAUGAAGACACAUAUAGUUUGUCAUUUGUACAUGAUUUUUCAAAAAUGGACGACUUUUCGGGUACUGUAAUUGUUGAUUUCAAAUCGAAUCGUUUCUUUAAUCUGACUGUAUACAAUGCUACUGGUAUUAUACAUGGUACUGUGAAGAAGACAACAGAUAAAAGCAGCAGUGAUGAAUUUCAUUUCACAACUUAUAUUGGUGAUAUGCGAGGUACCAACAAAACUCUUAUCGUACCCUUACCAGCACUUAUCAGUGGUGGUGAUCGAAUGAUUUGUCUUCAUGCUGAUAACGAUAAUUCCAAUGAACAAGAAGAAAUCUGUAGAAUAAUUGUAUUCAAGGAAGUUGCUCUAGAAAUCAAUUUGCUGGAAAAUACUUGGAAAGAAAUUGAUGGUCAUUGUCCAGAAUGUAAUAAAUUAACGAUGGGAGGUUUUUUGAGCAAUUUCAAUCCUGUAAACUGGGCUAACGGUAUUUCAUCAGUUUCAAAUUUUGUUAUGGUGAUUACUGAUGUUGUUGUUUAUAUCAUUUUAUUGCUUAUUAUUUAUUUCAUACUAACAAGAUGCUUAAUACCAUGUCUUAAGUGUGCUUUUUGCUUUCCAUCGGGUCCAUUAUGUUGUAGUUUUAGUUCGCCAAGUUGUAAAUCAAAGAAUGCGCAACAUCAUUAA